CAAUGAGUGCGGUUGGGGGUGGGCCCUGCCCUGCCGCCCAGGCCCGGCCCGGACCGCCGUUCGACGUAUAAAACGAGAAACGUUGGCCAGCAGAGAGGCAGACACGGCUCCUUCGUCCUCUCAAGCACCCGCCAGCAGCCCCAGCAUGUCCGCCAAGGUCGUCCUCUCCGUCGCGCUGGUGGCCGCCGUGGCGGCGUGCGCGCUCGCCGGCGGGCACAGCAACAGCUACAUCGAGAUCUCGCACAGCCCCGUGGCCCACCACCACGCCGCCCCCAUCCUCCACGCGGCGCCCAUCGUCCACGCCGCCCCCAUCGUCCACGCCGUCCACGACGAGCACCACGGACCCCCCUCUCCCUACGCUUUCAAGUACGGCGUGCACGACGCCCACACCGGUGACGUCAAGAGCGCCUCCGAGUCCAGCCACGGCGACGUGGUCAAGGGCGAGUACUCCGUCCUCCAGCCCGACGGCAUCACCCGCACCGUGCACUACACCGCCGACAAGCACAACGGCUUCAACGCGCAGGUCACCCUGUCCGGCCACGGCUACCACCACUAGAUGUGUCCAGGACCUCGACGACGUCCUCGGGCGCAAAUUCCAGCCGCACUAGUCAAGGAGGACGCGGCAGAGCAACGACUGAAUGAGUGUUUGUGAUGAAAUAAAUUAUAUGAUAUGUUGAAGCAAA